CUUUUGGUGAAUGGAGAAUCCGCUAUCCAAUUGUGGCAGUCGAAAACAGCAACAUUGUUUCCUUGUGUAGAGAAUGGGUCUCAGUAACCCGAUAAAUUACUAAAGAAAUGCUUAGAUUAAGAUAACAUUGAUACGCUCUCUAAGUCACCUAGUGCGGUGACUUAUUGGUGAAGACAUGGAAAAACAACCGAGGUUAUUGGCAUCCCAACUCCUCCUGAAAAACAGAGUCUUCGAAGUAUUGUUAAACCGUGUGAUUCUGACAUGGAAAGAGAUUCCGGCCAAUAAAAAACGCGUUUCAGGCAGUAUACAUCACCCGUUCAAAGUCGGUUUCUGUUUUCCUAAGUUCCUGCACCGAGGCAAAGGAGAGUCAGGUACCAGCCACAGCGUGUCCGUGUCUGAGAUCCUAGCAGUCCGGGAGCUCGAUGUGGACGGCGGGACGAAAGAUGAUGGCAGGUGGCAGAAAAUGCCCCAGAAACUGACUGAGGCCUAUCCAUAUGCAUUCACAGUGUCUUAUGUGGAGAGAGUGCGGCAGCACCGCUGGCGGUGUAGUGACGUCACCUUCCACUGUCCAGAGGGGGCGCUGUGUCAGCAGUGGGUCCAGACCAUCAGAGAGCAGCUCGCAGCACUGACCAGCAGACCCAAGCAUUUGCUGGUGUACAUCAACCCUUAUGGGGGCAAGCAGCAAGGCAAGCGUAUUUAUGAGCAGAAAGUCGCGCCUCUCUUCGCCUGUGCCUCCAUCUCCACGGACGUGAUUGUUACAGAGCAUGCCAAUCAUGCCAGGGACCACUUGAGGACAGAGGCGGAGUUAAAGCAAUAUGAUGGAGUGGUGUGUGUGGGCGGGGACGGCAUGUUCAGCGAGAUAGUUCAUGGCCUGGUCUUUCGAGCACAGAAGGAUAACGGAGUGGACCAGAACAGCCCGGAGGAGAAGCUAGUACCCUGUACUCUCCGCAUCGGCAUUAUACCCGCAGGUUCGACGGACUGCAUCUGCUAUGCAACUGUCGGCAUCAACGACCCUGUGACCUCAGCCUUACACAUCAUAGUGGGAGACUCCCAGCCAAUGGACGUGUGCUCGGUCCAUCACAACAACACAUUCCUGAGGUACUCAGUCUCCCUGCUUGGAUACGGUUUCUACGGCGACGUGCUGGCAGACAGCGUGAGGAAACGAUGGAUGGGACCAGCCAGAUAUGACUUUUCCGGUUUUAAGACUUUUCUGACACAUCACCACUAUGAAGGGGUUGUGUCUUUUCUACCAGCAACUGACACACUGGGAACACCAGGAGACCAGACCAGGUGUAGAGCUGGGUGCUUCAUAUGCCAGCACGACGGGCAGCUGUAUACAGAGGAUUCCCCAGAGAAAUGCAAGACUGCUCCAGAUGUCUCAGACAGUGAAAAUGAAGGGGGGUGGGGGGUGAUCAGAGGGAAGUUCCUGGCCAUCAACGCGGCCAGUAUGAGCUGUGCCUGUCCCCGUAGCCCCAAGGGCCUGUCCCCCGCCGCCCACCUCGCUGACGGCACCACCGACCUCAUCCUUGUACGCAAGUGCUCCCGAUUCAACUUCCUGCGCCACCUGCUACGCCACACCAGCAAAGACGACCAGUUUGACAUGACCUUUGUAGAGGUGCACCGUGUGCGGCGCUUCCGCUUCACGCCAUGCCAGAACGACUCAGAGCUAGACCUGAGGGAGAACGGCAAGCAGCUCUUCAGCCAGAUCUGCCACCCUGCCUAUAGCAGCUGGAACUGUGACGGCGAGAUCCUCCCCCACGCUGCCAUCGAAGUCGGAGUCCACUGCCAGUUGAUCAAGCUGUUUGCGCGAGGGAUCGAAGAGCAGUCUUUGUUUGAGGACCUCGCCCACCCGUGUGCACUAUAGAUCCCCUCCUCCCUCCGCUGCCCUACCCUAUCGAAGUCACUGGAACAGUCCUACUGCGUUUCAAAUGCUCCCACUGCUGUCGCUUCCUUAGCCCUGUGCACUACAUUUAUCUGAUGUACUUGUAGGUUUUUCAGACAUUUUUUGUUUUCUGGGGCCAUUUUGGAGGUCACAAGUUCACAGGUCAAGGAGUGCUGGUGCUGGCACAUUUACAGAGAGGUUCAGCUAUUUACUAAUAGUGAAGAAGAAAUCAUGAAAACCUUUUCCCCCCUUUCUGCUAUCCUUUUGCAAUAGAGAGAUGUUAACCUAGCACUUAAAGUGCUGUUCAACAGUUGUACAACUCCCUUUUGCAUGUGUUUGAAUGUAUUCUGCUCCAAAUGAUGAACAGUUACAAAGCUUUGUUUGUUUAUUUAUCCAUUUGGAGAAAACCAAUAUUAAAGGAUGUUGCUAGCUG